UGAACUUAGAGCUCCUUGUGGCUGGGCACUUGCGCAGAGGCCGGCCCGACGAGCCAUGGUUGCGGGGAGCGACGCGGGGCGGGCCCUGGUGGUCCUCGGCGUGGUCUGCCUGCUGCACUGCUUUGGUUUCAUCAACUGUUUUCCCCAACCAAUAUAUGGCGUUGUGAAUGAGAAUGUAACUUUCCACGUACCAAGAAAUAUGCCUUUAAAAGAGGUCCUGUGGAAAAAACAAAAGGAUAAAGUUGCAGAACUGGAAAAUUCUGAAUUCAGAGCUUUCUCAUCUUUUAAAAAUAGGGUUUAUUUAGACACUGUGUCAGGUAACCUCACUAUCUACAACUUAACAUCAUCAGAUGAAGAUGAGUAUGAAGUGGAAUCGCCAAAUAUUACUGAUACUGUGAAGUUCUUUCUUUAUGUGCUUGAGCCUCUUCCAUCUCCUACACUAACUUGUGCAUUGACUAAUGGAAGCAUUGAAGUCCAAUGCAUGAUACCGAAGGAUUACAACAGCCAUCGAGAACUUACAAAGUACUCAUGGGAUUGUCCUAUGGAGCAAUGUAAAAGUAACUCAACCAAGAUAUAUUUUAAGAUGGAAAAUGAUCAUCCACAAGAAAUACAGAUACAGUGUACUGCUAGCAAUCCAUUAUUUAAAAGAACAUCAUCAAUCAGUUUGACAACCUGUAUCCCAUGCAGUGGUCAUUCAAGACACAGAUAUGCACUUAUACCCGCACCAUUAGCGGUAAUUAUAACAUGUGUUAUGCUGUAUAUGAAUGGUAUUCUGAAAUGUGACAGAAAACCAGACAGAACCAAUUCCAAUUGAUUGGUAACAGAAGAUGAAGACAACAGCAUAAUAACUAAAUUAUUUUAAAAACUAAAAAGCCAUCUGAUUUCUCAUUUAAGUACUACAAUUUUUGAACAACUGUUGGAAAUGUAACUUGAAGCAGCUGCUUUUUUAAGAAGAAAUAUCCACUAACAAAGAACAAGCAUUAGUUUCGACUGUCAUCAACUUAUUAUAUGACUAGGUGCUUGCUUUUUUGUCAGUAAAUUGUUUUUACUGAUGAUACAGAAACUUUUGUAAAUAAAUGUAAAUAUGUACACAAGUGA